AUGAGUAGUAAUAAUAAUAAUAAUAUAAAUAAUAAUAAAAGAAAGAAAGAAUUUAUAAAUAAUGUUAAUUCAAUCGAGAGCGAUGUUAUCUCUUCUUUGAGAGAUGGAUCGAUUACAGAUGAUUCUAUAUCGGAGCUGUUACAGAUUGCAUUCAAUUUAAAUGGUGAAUGUGAAAAGAGAAGACCAACAAGUAAUUGUAGUGAUAUACCUGAUUGCUUUCAUAAUUUAGGUCAAGCAUGGUUGGCAAUGAGUGAGGAGGAAGAUGAAGAAUACGUUGCAGAGACUAUCUUAAAGUAUCAUCAGACCGAUAUCAUUAGAAACACCGUUAGAGAUUGCAAUAAAACACCUGCUGGCUUUCGUAAUCUUGGUGCCACUUGUUAUAUGAACAGUGUAUUACAAGUGUUAUUCAUGAACUCUCAAUUCAGAUACAAUCUACUCUCCAUAGGUCAUCAUUUAUUCGACAAUAAAAACAACAAUAACAACAAUAACAACAACACCGUAACAAGCACAACAACAACUACAAUAUCGACCAAAACAGCAUCAUCACCAUCAACAACAUCAACAACUAAUACAACUACUACUUCCAAUGUUACCAAUAACAACAACAACAAUAACAAUAGUAAUAAUAGUAAUAACAAACAUGUCGAUGAGAAUGAAGGAUAUAAUAGUAGUAAUAAUAGCAAGAGUAGUAGUAAUGGUAAAGUGGUGAACGACGAUGAGAAAGAAAUGGAAAUAGAUAAUCAUAAAGAUACUGUGAUGAAUGAUUGUCAAUCAGAUUUAGAUACUAGUAGUAUUUCAAAUAGUAAAGAUAGUGAUAAUAGUAAUGAUAAUAACGAUAACGAAGAUAGUAAUGAAGACUGUAAUAAUAAUCUUAAUAAUAGUAACUGUAGUAUAGAGUUAAAUAAGAGUAUAGAGAUAAUAGAACCAAAAGCACCGAACGAUACUGUACAUAAUUUCAUGUUUCAAUUGAUAUUUCUAUUCUACAAUUUGUUGUACUCCAGUAAAAAGACAUUGGAUCCAACGCCACUGGUCAAUUGUUUACAAAUUCCAAGUGAUCUUCAGCAAGAUCCACAAGAAAUUGGUAAUCAAAUCAUUGAUCAACUCUAUAAAGGAACCUACUAUUAUGUUACGAAAUGUUUGGGAUGUAACAAUAAAUCACGUAUCUCAAGUGUAUUCUAUGAUAUUUCUGUAAAGACUGAGAAAAUGAAAACAAUUAUAGAAUCACUUAAUGAUUAUAUAUCAAAGGAGAAGUUAACAUUCACAUGUAAAUAUUGUAAUAAUGUGUCGGAACACGAACGAUCAACACAAUUCUCUGCAGAUUCACUGCCACUCAAUUUCAAUUUGCAUUUGGUUCGAUAUGUAUUCGAUAAGGAAACCAUCAUGAGAAAGAAACUUCACGAUCCAAUUUCAUUCCCACUCGAAUUAGAUAUGGCACCUUUAUUAGAGGAGAAAGAUAAUGACAAUGAAAAUGAAAGUGAUAAAUAUAACGACUCUCUUAUGGCUGAUGAACAUCCAAAUGUGAAAUCAAAUGGUACCACUAGUAAAGUAAACAAUAAAGAGAAAGUGAAAGUGAAAGAGAAUAAGAAGAAGACAAAGAAUAAUAAGAAUAAUAAUCAUCCAGAUCAUAUUAAUAGUGAGACUGACAAUGAGAGUACAGAGGAGGAGUGUGACAUUCCUAAAGACAAGACAAUGACUGAUGUCAAACCAGAGAGUAGUAGUAGUACUAGUGAUACUCAAUAUGAACUCACUGCUAUUUUAAUGCAUAAAGGUAUUGGUGUAACUAGUGGACAUUAUAUAGCACAUAUCAAGAAUGAAAUCACUGGAAAGUGGUGGGAAUUCGAUGAUCAGAAUAUUAGAGAGUUAUCCAAUGAACAAAUUGGUAAAGAUCAAUUGGGUGAAAAGAGAAAAGCAAAAGAAUUGAAAGAAGGAGUAAUAUCAUCACAAUCAGCAUAUAUGAUUAUCUACUCAAAGAAGAAUAGAGAGGUUUAUAAAGAUGCACCAAAGUUUAACAAUGAAUCGAUCAUCGAAGAGUUCAAGAAUGAGGAGCAAUCAUUCAAGACAAAAGCCGAUGAAUUCAGAUCUACUCUGAAUCAAGCAAUUCAAGUGUGGAGAGAACGAAAGAAAUUCUGUUUAUCACAAUUGGAUACAAUUAAAGUUGGUGAAUCUUCAAAAGGAUAUUAUUGGAUAAAUACAGAUUGGCUUUUAAAUUUUAUGAAAGGUAUUGAGAGUGGACCGAUCGAUAACUCUUUGCUGUUGUGUGAACAUCUUUUGUUGGAUCCCAAGAAGUUGCCGUUGAUGAAGCGAGUCAGUAAGACAUUCUGGGACAGUGUUUACGAUAAGUAUCGGGGAUCGCCUGUACUCGAUCAAGACAGCUUCUGUAGGGAUUGUCUGUGUAGUCUGUUCAGUUCCACCAAAGACAAGGUCGAUGAGUCAACGCUGAAGGAAUCGAUCAUCGCCAAAGAGAAAUCCGUAAAGAACCGAACGGAAGGCUGCUUUAUUUCCAAUCAAUGGUAUAAAGAUUGGAUUAAGAAGACAUGCAAUAUGGAACUACUCAAAGCAAAGAGUGCCACCGAGGAUAUCGAGUGUGAACACGGUAAUCUCUCUAUCUACUCACAGGAUAGAAAGACUAUCUCAAAAGAGACCUGGGAUUUUAUACAACCGCUGAGUCCAACCUCCAUUGAGAUACCAUCGACCACCGAAGAAUGUCAGAAAUGUCAGGAUGAAUAUGAAGAGAGAAAUAAGAUUUCCAAUGAUUGGAGUGACGCUUGGUUUAGAUAUAUCAAUGAGGAGGAGAAGUCAGAGAGACCAUCGAAGAUUCAGAAUCAGUUAUUAAAGUGUGAGCAUGGCUCGUUGAUCUACGAUAUGUCGGACCUUUCAAAGUUGCGAUUUGACUUGGAGCAAGGACAGCCACAACAACCGCCAAGAGCAAUCAUUCCAUUCAUAGUGGUAUCAGCUUCUGUUUGGGAGGCUGUCGUCUCUGUCUAUGGCGCCGAAGAUGACUCCAGCAUCAAGCUGACCAACUCGAAACUGAGCAUACCACACUGCAUGGAGUGUCAUGACAACAACUAUCGACAGUUCCUCGAGAAACAAUUUCAAUUCGAGAAGGAAUCCAUCUACAUUCACUCGAUCAGAAAUGAUCAAGAUGAAAAAGAUGAAAAGUUUUAUAUAUUCCCAUCAAAAGUUAGAAGAUUAUAUAAAAGAAUUGAAGUUUCACCGGUUGAUAGUACCUAUACAGUUGAACAAUUGAAGUUGUUGAUUUGCUCAAUCACUUUGACACCGACUUUCCAACAAAAACUGUACAUUAACAAUGGCACUCAUUUGCAAAAGGAUUCAAAUACACUGGCAUCCUAUAAAAUUACACCAAAUCAAGUCAUUGUCAUGAAAGAAACCAAAGAGCUCGAUGGAUUCUUUUUAGUUAGUUUCAUUUCACUAAUUUCUGAAAACAUUAUAAAGAGAAUGAAUCAGAAUCAGGAUUUAAAGGUACCAUUUUAUUGGAUUAAGUAUUGUUUGAAGUUCAAUAUUAAAAUCUAUCAAAUGAGUGUCUCUUGCUCUUACUUCUGUGUUAAAAUCAACAAUGCUACCUUCUACAUUGCUGACAAUGAAGAGGAUAAGGUAGAAACUCAGGGAUUAGUAACACUGUAUGCCACCAGAGAAGGAUCUCAAAGAGUAAUCUAUACAGUUAUCGAUAUUGAGAAUGGAAAUCUAGUUACCAAGAUCAGUACUCUCAGUAGAAGAGUUGAAUUUGAAUUUAUGAGCGAUUUGGAAUCAAAUCUUGUGAAAAAAGGAACUUCAAAAAAUACAAAGAUUAAUGAAACUAUUGCUGAAAGGGAAGUCGCAGCCCAUUAA